UCUUCGUCCCACGCCCUCUUCCUCCUUUGUUUUUGCGCUCUCUCUCUCGCAAUUUCAAUUCAUUUUCAUUCGUUCGUUCGUUAAUAAUAAAAACAAAACAAAACAAAACAAAGCUACAACAAACAGCCCUCACUUCUUUGUUCUUUCUCUCUCUACCCCAACAAACCCUGCUCUCUUUCUCUCUCUACCACAACUUUCUCUCUCUAGGGUUUCAGCACCAGCUUUCAGUGACGCUCUCCACUCCUCGUGAUCCACCGUGUUCCAACACCGAUCAAUUUUGCCGUUCCGCCCGCGAUUCCCUUUUGUUUUGCUUGCUCAGGGCAAAAGGGUUGCUUUGCUUGCAAACAAAGGUAGUUGUGGGCAGUUUGAGAUUCUUUUGUAGUGUUGGCGAGGAGGGAAUGUUGCUUGAUGCUUGAUGAUAGUUGCUAUGGACUUGAAUGCAUCGCCAGUCCCUGAGGAAGAUGAAGAUAUCUUUGAGGGACAUGUUGUCGAAGAGUACCAUGCACCAGAGGAACGUGUUGAAAGUGCAGUUGACAUAGCACGCCGGGAGCGCGAAGAGAGAAAACAACGAUUGAAGAGAGAACGCUCUGAUGACAGACCUGGGCAUUUAUCACAGUCACGUGGAUAUGAUCAGUUGUUUCAAACUAAGGCCCUUAAAUCAUAUGAUAAAAGUAGGCUUCCACCAGGUUGGUUGGAUUGCCCUUCAUUUGGCCAGGAAAUUUUUGGUAUGAUACCUUCUAAGGUUCCACUUGGUGAAUCAUUCAACGACUGCAUUGCUCCUGGUAAAAGAUACUCAUUUAAACAAGUGAUACAUCAGAUGAGAGUCUUAGGGAGAAAACUUGGCUUGGUAAUUGAUUUGACAAAUACUACUCGGUACUAUCCAGUGUCAGAUUUAAAGAAAGAGGGUAUUAAGCAUGUAAAGAUCCAAUGCAGGGGGCGCGAUUCGGUACCUGAUAAUUUGUCUGUGAAUCAAUUUGUCUAUGAGGUCACACAAUUUGUAUCACGUCAAAAACACUCAAAGAAGUAUAUACUUGUUCACUGUACUCAUGGACAUAAUCGUACUGGAUACAUGAUUAUCCAUUAUCUAAUGCGUACUACAUCAAUGUCUGUUACUCAGGCAAUAAAAAUAUUUUCUGAUGCACGCCCUCCAGGAAUCUACAAACCUGAUUACAUUGAUGCAUUGUAUGCAUUUUAUCAUGAAAAAAAGCCUGAAAUGGUAAAUUGUCCUCCUACUCCAGAAUGGAAGAGAUCUUCUGAACUUGAUCUCAACGGUGAAGCAGUUCCAGAUGAUGAUGAUGAUGGAGAACCAGUCCCCCAUUUGAAUGAGAACCAUGAGACAGACACACGGUUGACAAAUGAUGAUGUUUUGGGAGAUGAGAUACCUUCUGAUCAGCAGGAUGCAUUCCGGCAGUUCUGUUAUCAAACACUUAAACUGGGUGUUGGGCCCAGGGGACAUGCACAAUUUCCAGGUUCACAUCCAGUUUCUCUUAACAGGGAGAAUUUGCAGUUGUUACGACAACGUUAUUAUUAUGCAACAUGGAAAGCUGAUGGUACAAGAUAUAUGAUGCUAAUAACGAUGGAUGGGUGUUACUUAAUUGAUAGAAAUUUCAACUUUCGAAGGGUCCAAAUGAGGUUUCCCUGCAGGGGUACAGAGGGAUUGGGCGAGAAGACCCAUCACUUCACAUUACUUGAUGGUGAGAUGAUUAUAGAUACAUUGCCAGAUUCACAUAAGCAGGAGAGAAGAUACCUUAUAUAUGAUCUGAUGGCAAUCAACCAAGUAUCAGUGAUAGAGCGACCCUUCUAUGAACGGUGGAAAAUGCUUGAGAAAGAAGUAAUUGAACCUAGAAAUACAGAAAGGCAACAUAUUUUCCAGAGCAGGAACCCUUACUACAGAUAUGACCUGGAACCAUUUAGGGUGAGGAGGAAAGAUUUUUGGUUGCUCUCUACUGUCAGUAAGCUUUUAAAGGAAUUCAUUAAAAAGCUUUCACAUGAGGCAGAUGGUCUCAUAUUUCAGGGCUGGGACGAUCCAUAUGUACCACGAACUCAUGAGGGCCUGCUAAAAUGGAAAUAUGCGGAGCUGAAUUCAGUUGAUUUUCUCUUUGAGGUCGAUGAUGAUCACCAGCUACUUUUUCUCUAUGAACGUGGAAAGAAGAAACUAAUGGAUGGGAAUAGGGUUGCAUUUGGAGAUGAUUCAGAUCCUGCUGAUUAUUCUGGAAAGAUCAUAGAGUGCUCUUGGAAUUCUGAUAAUCAGGAAUGGGUAUUCUUGCGAGUGAGGACAGAUAAAUCAACUCCGAACGAGUUUAAUACAUACAGGAAGGUUAUGCGAAGUAUUAAAGAUAACAUCACUGAGGAGGACUUGUUGAACGAAAUAAAUGAGAUAAUUCGCCUUCCCAUGUAUGCUGACCGUAUAAAAGCCGACAGUAAAGCCACUCAGCAUGCUAUUAUGGCAAGGCGAAAUCGGUGAGGCACAUGUUGGGUAUUGUGCCUUCAAUUUUUCCACUGGUGGGAGAAUGUAAUUAGUUUAGGCGUUGCGGUAAUUACUGCAGUGCAGAUGAGUUUGUAUGAUGCAGUUGGUAGUUGGUACCGCCUCAAAUUCUAGCGUUGAAUGCAUUCCUAUGGUUGUCCUGAUUAGUAUAGUGUAGGCUUAGGAUAUCAAUGUAUAUUAUUAAUUUUUCUUUUGAGUAGUGAUAUUAUAAUGUUAAAAAGUGUAGCCGUUUCUUAGGUCAGUUCAUUUACAUUUGUUAGAUUUUCUUUUUCAGUAUGUUAAUAUUAAUGUGUUCAGAAUUAACAGGCCUUCCAUUGUUUGGGAAACUAUCCAGCUCAUGGUUCCUCCCUCGUUAGCACUCGAGAGGUCACUACUUUGCUAUUUCUAAUUUAAUGCAGAGUGUAUUAUUUGCACUUGGAUGGAUA